AUGACAGAGCAAGAACGAGCAUUAGACCUUGUUUUUGUAUGCGACACAACAGGUUCAAUGGGUGCAUAUUUAUCAGCCGCACAAAAAGGAAUAGAACACAUCAUAACUUCUAUCAACCAGUCUGAAAAAUGUGAUGUUCAGUUUGCCCUCGUAGAGUAUCGAGACCAUCCACCAGAAGACUCGUCAUUUGCAACUCGUUUGACGGAUUUCACAUCUUCUAUAAAAGAAAUCAAAACUGCUGUUUCUCAAAUGUCGCCGAAUGGAGGAGGAGAUGGUCCCGAGUCAGUCACUUGUGCUCUUGAUGUUGCUUCUCGUUUGAACUAUAGAAAGGAGUCUUCUAAAGUGAUAGUUUGGAUUGCUGAUGCCCCACCGCAUGGGUUUUCAAAAAGUGGUGAUGGAUUUCCUAAUGGAUGUCCCUGUAAUAUUGAGUUCUUUGAUGUUAUCAGACGAUGUCAAAAGAACGGGUUAGUCAUAUACUCUGUUGCUGCAGAACCUCUUGGGUUUUCAUAUUUACGAACUUUGAUGCGCGCAGUUUCAGAAUUGACGCAUGGCCAAUACGCUUCGCUCAGUGGAGCUGAUGUACUUGCUGAUUUGAUUAUAAAUGGAGCAAUUGAAGAGAUCCAAAUCCAAAAUUUGAUGAAAGAAAUUUUGGAUGAAUUAAACAAAGAUGAAGCUUUCAAUGAUUUACCAAAAGAAAUUAAAUUGGCACGAGCAAAAGAAAUGAUCAAACAAAAAAAGAAUACAACUAUAAAAACUUUGAAAAUCGACACAAUUUUUAAAGAACAACUUCCAAAAGUACCAAAAUGUUUUUUAGAAGCCACAUCUCUUAAAUCGCUUAAAAUGGAAAAAGAAAAGGAGCCCGAUAUUAAAGUUACAUUUAAAGAUGGGUUUUAUGGAAAUGAAUAUAGUGAAGAAUAUGAAGAAGAUGAAGAAGAUGAUUGUUUUUGUGAAGAUAAAACUGAGAAAAAACGAGUUGCAAAAAUGGAAAGUAAGACGACUAAAGCACCAGAGCAAAAAGUUUAUGCGGAAGAACAAAUGUUGGACGAAGAACAAGAAGAAAGAAUGUAUGGCGGUUUCGGUGAUCUUUUUUAA